AUGCAACAGAUGUCGGCCGGUGUGGAUGGGUCCAUUAAGGACUCGGUAGUCGACAAGCUACCUAAAAAAUUCAGAGAACUAAAAUUUGGAAUUCAGAGCAUACAGCAGAUGGCGGCGCAAGCGGUUCUCGAGGUAUCAGACAGAACACUUUACGAUGUCGAGAAUCAGCGGAAGCCUGUCAAAAAUGGUGCAUUGGAUCCACUGAUGGGUACAUCGUCUAAGACCGGAACAUGCGAUACUUGUGGAGAAGGUCUUCAAACCUGUAACGGCCAUUUCGGACAUUGCCGGCUCGCCCUACCAUGCUUUCACAUUGGAUACCUAAAAUUAAUUCAAAUGAUGCUCCAAAAUAUAUGUAAGGACUGUGCCAGGGUUCUCCUCAACGACACUGAACGCAGAAGCUUUCUCAAAGAAUUACGAAGACCGGGCAUUGAUAAUCUAAAGCGUACCCAAAUCUGUAAAAAAAUAAAUUUACAGUGCCGAAAAGCAAAGCACUGUCCAUCAUGUGGUGAAAUUAAUGGCCAAAUCCGAAAGAUUGGAGUUCUCAAGCUAGUACAUGACAAGUAUCAAGCAUUUAAUAAAUCAACAGCAGCAAAAAAAGUACCGCCUCCUGGUUUGAUAAACUUCCAAAAAUCUUUCGACGAAGCGAAAAAAAACAACAACGAGCUUGACAAACAUGUCAAAAAGGCCAUGGAAGAUCUCAAUCCAUUGAGAGUCCUUAAUCUUUUCAAAAUGAUCACACCCCCUGAUUGUGAGUUGCUCAACAUCAAUCCAGCAGAAGGCAGACCAGAAAUGUUUCUAUGGCAAUAUGUCCCAGCACCACCUAUCUGUAUCCGUCCAUCGGUUGCCCAAGAAAAUGCAAGCACAGAGGACGAUCUCACAACAAAGCUAGCCGAUAUUGUUCAUAUCAGCUCACUAAUUCGAGCUGCAUUACAAAAAGGACAGCCAAUACAAACAAUCGUUGAACAGUGGGAUUACCUUCAGUUACAGAUAGCUAUGUAUGUAAACAGCGACGUGCCUGGACUUCAGCAGCCCGGAUUUGGAAAGCCCAUUCGGGGUUUCUGUCAGAGGUUAAAGGGUAAACAAGGCAGAUUUCGAGGAAAUUUGUCUGGAAAGCGUGUAGAUUUCUCGGGGCGCACCGUCAUCUCCCCGGAUCCAAACCUUGGAAUUGAUCAAGUUGCUGUCCCGAUUCUUGUAGCCAAGAACCUCACAUAUCCCGAGCGUGUCCAACGGCAAAACAUUGAAAAGCUCCGAAAAUGCGUCAUUAAUGGUCCAAACAUACAUCCUGGAGCCCAGCAGAUAAUUAAGAAGGAUUCUGAUCACAAAAUAUCAUUAAAAUUUGCUCGCAGGGAGAAUGAAGCUAAAUUUCUGAAGAUAGGCGAUGUCGUCGAAAGACAUCUUGAAGAUGGUGAUAUUGUGCUAUUUAAUAGACAGCCUUCACUUCAUAAGCUUAGUAUCAUGAGCCAUUAUGUAAAAGUUAGACCUUGGAGAACAUUUCGGUUGAAUGAAUGCGUUUGCAAUCCUUAUAACGCUGAUUUUGAUGGAGACGAAAUGAAUCUCCACGUACCACAAACCGAAGAAGCUAGGGCCGAGGCGAUUAAUCUUAUGGGCGUAAAGAAUAAUUUAUCGACACCUAAGAAUGGUGAGCCCAUUAUCUCAGCAACCCAAGACUUUAUAACAGCAGCAUACCUCUUGAGUAGCAAGGAAAAUUUCUUUGACCGGAAAACAUUUACCAAUUUAUGUAUGUACAUGGUUGACGCUAAUGUCCAUCUGGAUCUCCCAUAUCCUGCAAUAAUAAAGCCUGAAGCACUUUGGACAGGGAAGCAGGUCUUCAGUGUUUUAAUGAGACCUAAUAAGGACUCCCCAGUCAAGGUUAAUCUAGAUGCGAAAUGUCGAGACUAUAAGGCCAAGGCUGGUCAAUGCCCAGACAUGGAUCCUAAUGAUGGCUGGCUUGUGGUUCGUAAUUCAGAAGUCAUGUGUGGCCGAAUGGAUAAAACAACUGUUGGUUCUGGAAAGAAAGACUCUAUUUUUUACAUUAUUUUGAGAGAUUUUGGACCUGACGAAGCUGUCACAGCUAUGAAUCGACUCGCCAAAAUUUCUGCGAGAUAUCUUACCAACCAAGGAUUUUCUAUAGGAAUUAGCGACGUUUACCCUUCCCAAAAGUUAAAAGAAAAGAAGCAGGCUCUCGUGACUAAAGCCUACGAAGAAUGUGAGAAGCUAAUCAUGACUUUUAAAGAGGGAAAACUCGAGAAAGCAACUGGAUGCAAUAUGGAGGAGACUCUCGAAAAUGCUAUAUCUGGAAUUCUCAGCAAGGUUAGACAACAGGCUGGAGAAUAUUGUAUAGAAACUCUUAGUAAAUGGAACGCACCUUUAAUUAUGGCCAAAUCUGGAUCAAAAGGCUCAAAUAUCAACGUCGCUCAAAUGGUGGCUGUGGUAGGGCAACAAAUUAUUGGAGGUCAACGUGUACCCGAUGGAUUCCAGGAUCGUAGCUUGCCACAUUUUCCAAAAAACGCACGACAGCCCCCUUCUAAGGGGUUCGUGAGGAAUAGCUUCUUUUCUGGCCUGACUCCAACUGAAUUUUUAUUUCACGCUAUAUCUGGGCGUGAAGGAUUGGUUGAUACAGCUGUCAAGACAGCAGAAACUGGAUACAUGUCAAGAAGACUGAUGAAAUCUCUCGAAGAUCUAUCUACUCAGUAUGAUGACACGGUUCGCAAUUCAUCUGGGAUUAUCGUUCAGUUUCAAUUCGGUGCCGACAAAUUAGAUCCGGUUGAUAUGGAAGGCACGGCCGUACCCGUCAAUUUUGAACGCACAUGGAUACAUGCGGAAAAUUUAACUUGGAAUAAUGCUGAUCGUUGUCUUCUACCUUUUGAAAUUACUGCAGAGUGUGAUAGACUGCUCGGCGAAGAACGACCAAAGUACGUGCGAAGAGGUCUUCUCAAGGAACUGUUAGACUACGAUGACCAGAGUGACUAUGCAAUCGAUGAAUUUGAGAGCGCCAGAGGCUUUUUGAGUACCAUCACUAGGUUUGUGAAUGGCCUAGCUUCGCGACAGGCCAAGGUGCGACAGAGGUUUGGUCUGGAUGAAUUGGAAGACGAUCCGCUGGAAUCGGGAGAUAUAUACGAUCCAGAAUCAGAAGAUAAGGCAAUGAGGGAUCAUGUCGACAGAGUUUCAAAAGUAUCCUUGGCAACCUUGAGAAUGUUCAUCGGACUUUGCUUGAAUAAAUAUGCAAAGGCACAUGUCGAGCCUGGCCAUGCUGUGGGUGCGGUUGGAGCACAAUCCAUUGGAGAGCCUGGAACUCAAAUGACUCUCAAAACUUUUCAUUUUGCUGGUGUUGCUGGUAUGAGUAUAACGCAGGGUGUUCCUCGUAUUAAGGAAAUUAUUAACGCCUCCCGGGUUAUCAGCACUCCAGUUAUCACUUGUCCUUUAGAAAAUAAAAAGCAAAUCGAGGCGGCCCGAGUCGUCAAGGGUCGUAUUGAAAAAACAUAUAUUUCUGAUGUCAUUCGAUUUAUUGAGGAUAUGUGGUCAGCAAAAAGAGCUACGCUCUGUCUUUGUGUAGACGUCAAUGCGCUCAACGAUAUGCACCUCGGAAUAACUACUGAAGAUAUCGCAGAAACCAUAUGUUGCAACAGAAAGCUAAAGAUUCGUGCUACAGACGUGAUUGUUGCGAGCGACUGUAUUUUUGUAAAUGUUACCCACGAAAGUGGCGGUAAUUUGGGAGGUCGUGGUGCCUCUGCUCGCAGUAAACAGAACAUUGAUGAUGGAGGAUCAGACUUGUUACUUCGUGUAAAUCAUCUAAAGCGCACGUUGCCCGCCCUUCCUAUCUCUGGCUAUCCUGAUGCGACUCGAGCAAUUAUACAAACUUCGGAACAGAGUGAGCAUACAGUUCUGGUGGAAGGUUACGGGCUUCGUGCUUGUAUGACAACAGAAGGAGUCAUCGGCACCCAAUGUACUACUAAUGGCGUGAUGGAAUGUAAAGAGGUACUAGGAAUUGAAGCGGCUCGUGCUACCAUUGCAAAAGAGAUUGGUGCUGUAAUGGGCGACAUGGGCAUCGAUCCUAGGCAUAUGCAACUUCUAGCUGAUGUGAUGACUUUCAAGGGUGAGGUGCUUGGAAUUACCCGCUUUGGCUUGUCGAAAAUGCGCGACAGUGUUCUUCAACUAGCCUCGUUUGAAAAGACUCCAGACCAUCUGUUCGAUGCAGCGGCAGGCAUGAAGACAGACUUAAUUGAAGGUGUUAGCGAGUGCAUCAUUAUGGGCCAGACCAUGAGCAUUGGCACAGGGGCAUUCCAAGUCGUUCGAAACCUAGGUCUCAAGGCUGGCGAUUUGAAGAGAAAGGCAACAAUUUUCGAAGAUGCCUGGAAAUGGGACCAAGGAGAAAGGAGAAAGAUGGGCCAACGGAUAGUAUUUUGA